GUCCUGCCGCCCACGGCGCGCUCCGGGGUCUCGCGGCCUUUGCCCCAGAGCCGCGCGUGGGCUUCGAAAGCAGUUGCUGGGCGCCCGGGCCGCUCCCGGGGCAGCGGGGGAUGCUAAAGGGAUUGUAGCAUGUACACCACAGAACCAAAAAAUGAACAUUUGGAGGAUGAAAACGUCCAAUCAUCUACAACUCCUCAGAUCCUCAAAGCUAGUGAUACUAAUGAACAGGAAGAAACUAAGGAAACGGUCUUGUCAAAAACAGAGGAAACAAAACCACAGAUGGAAAAAAAGGGUUCUUGUCCUCCACAAGGAACACUGAAUAAAACUAUUACAAGUGGAGCUAUACUUUUUAUGAUAUGGUGUGUAACCUGGUCACUCUCAGGCCCUGAAGUUCUUCCUGAUGGAAGUUUAUUUGGACUGUUAAUUAUCUUUUAUGCUGCCAUUCUUGGUGGAAAACUUUUGGAAAUCAUUAAAAUACCUUCAGUGCCUCAACUUCCUCCUCUUCUUGGGAUGUUACUGGCUGGUUUUACUGUUAGGAAUGUUACAUUCCUCAGUGGUCACGUCUAUGUUAGUCACAAAAUGUCUUCAACUUUAAGAAACAUUGCCCUUACCAUUAUUCUAGUGCGAGCUGGGCUUGGACUCGAUCCACAGGCUUUGAAGCACUUGAAGGGAGUUUGUUUAAGAUUGUCAAUGGGUCCGUGCCUCAUGGAGGCAUGUUCAACUGCUGUUUUUUCCCACUUCCUUUUGAAUUUUCCCUGGCAGUGGGGAUUUCUAUUAGGUUUUGUAGUCAGUGCAGUCUCUCCUGCUGUUGUUGUCCCUUCCAUGCUGCGUUUGCAAGAAAAGGGCUAUGGUGUUGAGAAGGGCAUUCCAACCUUAUUAAUAGCUGCCAGCAGUCUGGAUGACAUCAUGGCUAUCACUGGAUUCAAUACAUGCUUCAGCAUAGUCUUCUCCACAGGUGGUGUACUUAGUAACAUCCUGUCCUCUUUUCGGGAUGUACUUGUUGGUGUGCUGGCAGGAAUUGUUUUGGGAAUGUUUACUCGAUAUUUUCCAAGUAGAGAUCAGGGGAAGGUUGAAGUGAAGAGAGCAUUUCUUAUUCUGACUAUGUGUGUUUCCGCUGUCUUGGGCAGCCAUCACGUCGGCUUGCAUGCAGCUGGAGGUUUGUGUACACUAGUAUUGAGCUUCACUGCAGGGACAAGUUGGUCUAAAGAAAAGAUUAAAGUCCAAAAAAUUAUUGGAACUGCAUGGGAUAUUUUUCAACCUCUUCUUUUUGGUUUGGUUGGAGCGGAAGUAUCUGUUGCAUCUCUUAAAUCAAAUGCUAUUGGCAUUUGUGUUGCUACCAUGAGUUUGGGAUUAUUGGUUCGAAUUUCUUUUACAUUUGUAUUGAUGUCUUUUGCUGGUUUUAAUUUUAAGGAGAAAAUAUUUAUUGCUUUAUCGUGGAUGCCCAAAGCUACAGUCCAGGCUGUAUUAGGUCCUCUGGCUCUAGAAAAAGCAAGAAUCAGUGCACCCCAUUUGGAACCAUAUUCGAAGGAUGUGAUGACAAUAGCUUUUCUAGCCAUCUUGAUCACAGCUCCAAAUGGAGCUCUAAUUAUUGCCAUUCUGGGACCUAAAGUACUUACUCGCUGUGAUCCAAACAAAAUGGAAGUGGAAUUAGCAGGAUUAGAACUUCACUAAAAAGUUAAGUUGCCAUCACCUGCCUACUUCUCUUAAUGAAUUCUCUUACA